CCGCCGUUUCCUCAUAAACUCCACUCUCCGCUUGCCGCGCUCGCUCUUGCCCGUCCGGCGACACGCAAAACGAGGAGCACAAACUCUCCUGAUUCGUCUUCGUCUUCGUCUUCGUUUCUUCUUCUACCUCCUCUUACCUCUCUCUUUAAACUCCUUUUUCAUCAUCUUCGUGUUCAAUUCCUAUUAAUGGAUAACGAUGCAAAGCAAGAGUAUCUACAAACUUCCACUCCUCCUCAUCCAGUAGAAGAAACUGUAACUCUAAUCGAUCUAUGCAGCGGCGGCGACGACUCCGGCUUGGUGGAGCAAGAUGUACAACGAAGGUAUAAUUCUGGAGGAGCCAAGAGGCCACGCGGUUCAUCUGCACUGGACAUGAACAAUGCGAAGAAGAAGCCAACGGCUGAUGAGCUAAAGUUCGUGCUUCCGGAAGGAUUCGGCCCAUCAAUCACGACGGAGGCGCCGUCCGGCAGAGUCGGCAGUUGUAAGCAGUUUUGGAAAGCUGGAGACUAUGAAGGAGCGCCUGGUGGUAAUUGGGAUCUUUCUUCAGGUGGCUUUGAUCAUGUAAGAGUCCAUCCCAAGUUCUUACAUUCUAAUGCUACCAGUCACAAAUGGGCUCUUGGAGCAUUUGCAGAGCUUUUGGACAAUGCUUUGGAUGAGGUUGCUAGUGGAGCUACUUAUGUUAACGUAGACAUGCUCGAAAACAAGAAAGAAGGAAACAGGAUGUUAUUAAUUGAAGAUAAUGGAGGUGGGAUGAAUCCUGAGAAAAUGAGACAGUGCAUGUCUCUAGGAUACUCUGCCAAAAGCAAACUUGCAAACACCAUUGGGCAAUAUGGAAAUGGUUUUAAGACUAGUACAAUGAGACUUGGAGCUGAUGUCAUUGUGUUCUCCCGCUCCCCUGGAAAAGAUGGAAAGAGCUCUACGCAGAGCAUCGGGCUCCUAUCAUAUACGUUUCUUAGGAGCACAGGAAAGGAGGACAUUGUUGUACCCAUGCUUGACUACGAAAGAAGAGACACUGAAUGGAGUAAAAUAGCGCGGUCUUCCCUUAGUGAUUGGGAUAAGAAUGUGAAAACAAUCAUUCAAUGGUCGCCAUUCUCUAGUGAAGAAGAUCUUCUUCGUCAGUUUGCUCUAAUGAACGAUCAUGGCACACGUAUAAUCAUAUAUAACCUGUGGGAAGAUGACCAAGGGAUGUUAGAGCUUGAUUUUGAUGCCGAUCCACAUGAUAUCCAACUUAGAGGUGUCAAUCGGGAUGAGAAAAACAUCAAAAUGGCUGCUCAGUUUCCUAAUUCUAGGCACUUCCUAACCUACAAACACUCACUAAGGAGUUAUGCAUCAAUCCUCUACCUAAGAAUUCCACCUAGUUUUCGUAUCAUACUACGAGGAAGUGAUGUUGAGCACCACAACGUAGUGAACGAUAUGAUGCAGACUGAGCAGAUCACUUAUCGACCUCAGUAUGGUGCCGAUUCAUAUGUUAAGGAUUCAAACAUGUCUGCCGUUGUCAUUCUCGGAUUCGUAAAGGACGCAAAGCAUCAUGUUGAUGUUCAAGGCUUUAAUGUCUACCACAAAAAUCGACUCAUCAAGGUUUCCUUCUACUUAAGUGGACUUCCUAUUCGCAUGUUAUUGCUUUCUAACUUGUUUUUUUAUCAGCCAUUUUGGAGGAUAUGGAAUGCAACAGGCAGUGAUGGUCGUGGCGUCAUAGGUGUGCUUGAAGCUAAUUUUGUUGAGCCUGCUCAUGAUAAGCAAGGGUUUGAGCGUACAACAGUUCUCUCUAGGCUCGAAACACGGCUAAUUCAAAUGCAGAAAAUUUAUUGGAGCACCAACUGUCACAAAAUUGGCUAUGCUCCCAGGCGACACCCAAAGGCUGGAAACGAUUAUGGUCACACAAACACAUCACCAGAAAAUGAUCAUGAGGAAUACAGUCCAUCAGGCUUUAAAACUCGAGCUUCUGACAAGUUCUACUCAAGUUCAUAUCCGAAUCAUAGAGGGGACAAUGGUGUGUCAGGGAAUGAUAGUUCACUGUAUUUGCAAGAGGAGCUGCGCCGUGAGAGAGAGCGCAGCAAGGCUCUUGAAGCUGAGGUUGAAUUAGCAAGGCAAAAAAUAGAAGAAAUGAGCAAAGAGCAAGAGAAUCUAAUCGCAAUAUUCACAGAGGAAAGAGACAGACGUGAUGUAGAGGAAGAAAGUCUGAGAAAUAAGCUAGAGGAGGCGUCAAACACUAUCGAAGAGUUGUUGAAUAAGAUUAAAAUGCUGGAGGGAUCUAAAGGCCCGAGCUGGAGACGUUAGACAUUGAACUUGCAUAUAUAAUUGGAAGUUCAAAUUAUCCAAAAAGGUAUCUCUGUUUGAUUUAUGGCUCGACCUGCAUGGGGGUUAAAUGAAAUGUUGUAGAUUAGUGUAAGUCUUUGGCCUUUGAUUGUUUUUUUCUCAUUUUUUUUUAAUUUACAAACUGGCUAAUCUCUUAGCUGUAGCAGAAGCCAGUUGUCAUGUUUGUACCAUUAGUGAUUUCCAUGUAAAAAACAACCACAAUAAGUAAGAAUUUGUGCUGACUUGGUAGGAGAUCUAUAAUGAAAUUUAAUUUCUCA